AAAAAGCAUAAAUAGAUUUAAAUGUAUUUGUUCUUUAUUAAAUUAUCUCACGUUAUUAUUCGAUCUACAGCAACAUAACAAUGAUAUAAACGCACGAAUAUGAGCUGUUCUAUUUAUUUUUAUAGUUAUAGUGGGUAAAUGUAAAUAAUAAUAAUAUAUAAGCAUCAACGCUGCAAUAAAAAAUUCAAUAAAGAUUAAUUUCUCCUUCUAAACAAAGCGCGGUAAAAUUUUUUGUACAUACGUAUAUGCACCACGCACAUAUGUAUAUGCACCACUGUGCAUAUGUUUGUAUAUAAAGUAAUUGUCUACCAAAGAAGUCAAAUGGUAGAAAAAUGGUGAGACAUAACAAUCAAUUGCCGGAAAAUCUUCCCCAGUUGCAAAAUCUUAUCAAACGCGAUCCAGAAUCUUAUAAAGAAGAAUUUCUUCAGCAGCAUCAACAUUACAAGUCUGUUUUGGAAAUAUUUCGUUUAACGCCAAACAAAUUUAAUAAAAGCCUUGACGAAAUAGUCACCUUUCUGUCACAGGUGGCUCAUUGUUAUCCAAACGCUUUAGAGUCGUUUCCGCAAGAGAUCAUUGACGUACUCCAAACAUACAACACAGUACUUGAAAAUGAUAUGCGUUUAACGUUUUGUAAAGCUUUGAUUCAACUACGUAACAAAUCGCUGUUGGAACCUACUGCGCUUUUGAGCUUGUUCUUUGAACUUUUGAGAUGCCAAGACAAAAAUCUAAGGAAAUUCCUCGAGACGCAUAUCAUAAACGAUAUUAAAAACGUGAACUCUAAGCAAAAGAAUGCAAAGAUUAACACGACGCUGCAAAAUUUUAUGUUUUCGAUGUUGAAAGAUUCGAAUGUGAGGGCCGCGAAAAUGUCGGCGGAUAUCAUGAUCGAAUUGUACAAUAAAAAUAUUUGGAACGACGCGAAAACCGUGAACGUCCUCGCGACAGGAUGUUUCGCCAAAGCGACCAAAGUCAUGGUUGCCUGUUUAAAAUUCUUCUUGGGCACAGACGCGGAAGAGGAGGGCAAAGAAGACAGUGAUAGCGACAGCGAACCGAAUAUUAAAGAGAUCAUGAUGGCUAACAAAGUGAAUAAAAAAACGAAAAAGCGCGAGAAGCAGUUAGCGAAAGCGAAACAAACGUUAGCAAAAUCUAAGAAGAAAGCGAAGAAACCACCUGGAUUUAAUUUCUCAGCGUUGCACUUGAUUCACGACCCGCAAGGUUUUGCAGAAAAACUGUUUAAGCAAUUGGAAAAGAAUAACGACAGAUUCGAGAUUAAAUUAUUAACAUUGGAUGUGAUUUCGAGACUUAUUGGUCUGCACAAUUUGUUUCUACUAAAUUUUUAUCCUUAUCUGCAAAGGUUUUUACAGCCACAUCAAAGAGAGGUAACGAAACUUCUGCAGUUUAUCGCUCAGGCUUCUCACGAACUAGUACCGCCCGAUGUGUUGGAACCAGUAUUAAAAACUCUGGCAAACAAUUUUGUCACGGAACGAAACUCCGCAGACGUGAUGGCCAUUGGGUUGAACGCUAUCAGGGAAGUAUGCACACGCUGUCCUCUGGUUAUGAACGCAGAUUUAUUACAAGAUUUGGCACGUUACAAACACUAUAAGGAACGCAGUGUAAUGAUGGCUGCGCGGUCGUUAAUCACUUUGUUCAGAGUCUCAAUGCCCGAAUUGCUGCAUAAAAAGGAUAGAGGACGUCCUACAGAAGCGAUCGUUACUCUGCAAACGCCAAAAUACGGUCAAGUGUCUGCUACUGAUUUUGUACCCGGAGCUGAAGUUUUAUUAAAUAACGACACUCAAGAAGUCAUCGACAUUAACGUUGACAAUGACGAGGAUGACGAUCAAUGGAUCGAUGUAAAUUCUGGUGAUGAAGAUGGUAAUAAUGAUGAGGAGGAGGAAGAGGAAGAAGAUUACGAUGAGGAUGAUUCUGGCGAUAGCGAUGACAGUGAAAAUAUUGACGAUGAUAAGGAUGGUAGUGACAAUGAAAAUGAAGAGAACCGUAAUGACGUUAUUGAAUCUAACAAAUGUGAAGAAACGGAAAUUAAAACAGGCGACAAAAUUGAAUCUGAAUUAAGUAAAACAAAUACGAAAGCUGAUGAUACUACAAACGAAAAUCUAAAUAAGAAAUUAUCAAAAAUUGAGAAAAAGAGAUUAAAACUCAAGAAACAAGAGGAAGCAAAGCAGAAGAAGAAGGAGGCUAAGACUUCAGAGAAGAGAGAAAAAGCGACUUUAGUAUCUAAUGAACGCUUAUUGACUGACGAAGAUUUUAUGAAAAUAGAUGCGGAAUUAGCAAAACAACAAGUAACUUACACUAAACGUAGUUUGAAAAGACCUCAUCCUUCCGAUGCGGAGCGUGGAGAUUUCGUCAAAUUGACAGACAUAGAAAAUAUCUACAAAAAGCGGAAGCACGAUAAGCAAGCUCGCAUCGAGUCUGUCAAGAAAGGACAAGAAGGAAGAGAAAGGUUCGGUUAUAAGGACGGACGACAGAAUCCACUUUGUAGUAAAACAAAUCGCGAGAAAAGGAAAACGAAAGCUUUCCAAAUGUUAAAGCAUAAAAUAAAAGGGAAAGUAAAACGUUCCUUCAAGGAAAAGCAGAGAGCAUUAAGAAAUCAUUUGCUCAAACAGAAAAGAAUGAAGUGA